UCGACGAGUAUUGCAUUUGACCAUAAGGACAAUCUUGACCGACGUGUGACAAUAAUCACGGCGAUCGAGCUGGUCGGUAGUGUACGUUACUUGAAAGACACAAAAAUGGAAGUCAUACCGACGCACCCUCUCAUCGUGGUGACAAAAGACGACGUGGAAAAGGCUAGAAAGUUCUAUGACAUAGAUGAUGUGGACAGGAUCAAAGAAAGUCUGGAUCAGAUCGAGGACUGGUGUAAAAAGCAACCACAUUUGGAAGAAGCGAACAAAUACAUGAGUCGAGCAAUGCUAGAGCGGAUCUUCAUUUUGUCUAGAGGAUCAGUGGAAAGCGCUAAGAAGAAGAUAGACCACCUGCUGACGUCACGAGGCAUGAUGCCAGAGAUCUCUUUGCACAGAACUGUCGAUGAAUUCGCCAAAUUUUGGGAUGUUAUAAAUUACGCGCCUCUCCCAAAGAUGUGUCCCACAGAUCAGUCUCGCGUGAUGGUGACUCAGUUCAUCACAGAUAAACUUGACGAGUUCAGUCUACUUACUUACUUCCGAUAUUGCUUCAUGAUCGGCGAAUACAGAUUGAACUAUGACUACAGUUUGUCUGAGAGGUAUGUCAUUGACCUCACCAACAUCCAUCUAGGAGUACUCAGCAAAAUUAAUCCUGUAGUCGUGAAGAAAUCCGAAGUCCUUUGCACAGAAGGCUUCGGAACAAAAAUUAAAGGCAUCCACAUAUUAAACGCGCCACCAUUUGUAGACCGUCUGGUCUUCCUCCUCAAGCAAGCCUUGCGAGAGAAAGUAGCAAGCAGACUCCACGUACACAGCUCAUACGAGGAACUUCACAAACACAUACCGAAGGAAAUACUGCCCAAAGACUAUGGUGGUGAUGCGCCGUCGAUGGCCAAAAUAUCCGAGCAAUGGAGAGAAUUAUUCAGAGGGCAAGAGGCAAAGGAUAUCGUUAAGAAUCUCGACAAGUUAGUAACAGACGAAUCCAGAAGAAGCGCUGCUAAGUUCAACGAGGAGUACCUGGGAAUGCCUGGUUCCUUUAGGAGAUUAGCCGUAGACUAAUACCGUAGAAUUAUUUGGAUAGCAUUAUAAUUAGAUAGAAUCUGGUGAACAGCCGUGCAGUUUUGUAAAAUUCAACUCUUGACCUCAUAUUUUGAGACGAGAAGAAUUGACCGAAAAACAAUAUUUUGAAAUAUUUUUACACUCGCCGCAAAGCACAGGCCUAAACCAAUGAUUGUCGAAUGUAGAGUUCAUGUUUGGAUCAUAAAUGAUUAUCACGUGCUCAGCGGUGAAGGAAAACACCACAUUCCCGAGAAAUGCAUUUUCGGAGGUAUGUGACCUAAACUGUAUUGGGCUGGUUUUCGUUCGCGGGUUGGAAGGUCAGACAGGUAAUCGCUUCUGUAAAAAACCGGACCUGUCAGAUAUUCUGUGACAAACGGGAUAAUGCUUAGGAGAUGUGUGUACUCGCCGUAAAGAGACUCACAUGGCGGGAAUUGACGUUCGGCGAGUCGCUGUCAACGCAUUCAUAAAAAUAUUUCAAAAAAUAUAAGUGAAUAUUUCUAUGUGUCUGCUGGUACCAGCUCCAAAAUGAAGAUGUGGCCUAAAGGUUUAAGUAACCAGGCCAAACAAUUCAAAAAAAAAAGGAAAACUUACCUAAUAAACAAUAUUUUGUUAAAUCAGGAGGUCUUUACAGAAUUACACUGCUGAAAAAAAUGACAAUAAGCAAUUUGUAGGCGACAAAAUAUUGAAGAAAACAAGCUUCCUUCAAUAGAUUUGGUUGUGCAAUUGAAAACCAUCAUGGUGGCGUUACCAUGGUGCCCUAGUGUAAGGGUCGGCGAUCUUUUGAGUCCAAAGAGUCAAACAAAGAGCCACAAACAUUUUUCUUCCCAACGACUACUAAAGAGUACUUGAACUUUAUUUAUUCAUAACAAAAAAAUCUACACUCAUUUAUAUUUAGUAUUUAUGGUAACAACAAAUUAAAUAAUAUAUUUAAGGUAUUAUUAGAUAAUUGCCUAUUAUUCAGGUAAGUAAGUAAAAAAAUCAAAUAAAAGGAUGUAAGUGACCGUGGAAAAAUGAUGCCUAAUAAAGAUUUUUAAAUUAUUUUUUAUAAAAAAAAUACUAGCUUAUGGGAGAUAAAGAGAUGCAUGAGUCUCGCAAGCUGCAGAUUGCCGACCUUUGUCACAGAGAAAUAGAGUCCUUAUACUGUAUAAGGAUAUUUUUGUAUCGGUCAAAAACUAUUUAAUAUUAAAUGUAAAUUGUAUGAUAAUUUAUAGUGGCGAUGGAUAUUUCAGUAUUUUUAAUAAAAUUGGCUUUGGCAACGUGAAUAAGGAAUGGUAAUUUCUGUU